AUGUCCCCGCCGGCGGCGACCGGCGGCGCCGGUGGUGCUCGCGAUGGUCACGCUAACUCCGGCCUCGGCGAGCCGCUGCUCCGGAACGGCGGCGGCGGCGGCGGCGGCGUCCACGCCGGGGCGGCGGUGACCGUGGCCAACGGUGGCGCGGAACCGGCGGCUGAGAAGAAGCGAAGCGCCGAGGACAGGUACUGGGUGGACAUCGACCAGCCGGAGGCGCUGGAGCCGGCCGACGUGGAGAGUGGCCGCGGUGGCCGCCGGCCCCUGCUGUUUCGGAACAAGAAGGUCAAGCGGAGCAUACUGUACCCAUACAGGUUCUUGAUCUUCGCUCGUUUGAUCGCAAUCAUCAUCUUCUUCAUAUGGCGGGUGAAGAACAACAUCGCCGACAUCGAGUGGCUGUGGGCGCUCUCCGUCGCCGGCGACGUCUGGUUCGGCUUCUCAUGGCUCCUCAACAUGCUCCCGAGGAUGAACCCCAUCAAGAGCAUCCCCAACCUCGCCGCGCUCAAGCGGCAGCACGACCGCCCGCGCCCGGACGGCAGCUCCAGCCUCCCGGGGGUCGACGUCUUCAUCAACACGGCGAACCCCGUGGACGAGCCGAUUCUGUGCACGAUGAACUCCGUCCUCUCCAUCCUCGCCACCGACUACCCGGUGGAGAAGCACGCCUGCUACCUCUCCGACGACGGCGGGGCGCUGGUCCACUACGAGGCGCUGGAAGAGACGGCGAGGUUCGCCGCGCUGUGGGUGCCAUUCUGCCGGAAGCACUGCGUCGAGCCGAGGGCGCCUGAGAGGUGCUUUUAUGAUGAGCUGCUGAGAGCGCCGACGUACGCCGGUGGAUCCCCGGAGGAUUUCGUGGAGGACCACCGGUGCGUGCGCCGGGAGUACGAGGAGUUCAGGGCGCGGAUCGGCAUGCUCUUCGACACGGUUCGCCGGCGGUCUGACGCGUACAACGCCGCCGGGAAAUCUGGAGGAGGCGUGAAGGCUACUUGGAUGGCUGAUGGGACACAAUGGCCCGGUGCAUGGAUUGAUCCAACAGAGAACCAUAUGAAAGGCCACUACGCACCGAUUAUUAAGGUGAUGUUGGAGCAGCCAGGCCAUACGCCUCAGCUUGGGCAGCCCAAUGACGUCGUCAACAGCUGUCCAAUUGACCUGAGUGCCACUGACUCGCGUCUGCCCAUGCUUGUCUACGUGGCACGCGAGAAGCACCCGACCAGCUACGACCACCAGAAGAAGGCCGGCGCCAUGAACGUGCAGCUGCGCGUGUCGGCGCUGCUCUCCAACGCGCCCUUCAUCAUCAACUUCGACUGCGACCACUACAUCAACAACUCGGGGGCGUUCCGCGCCGCCAUGUGCUUCAUGCUCGACCCCAGGGAAGGGGAGGACACGGCGUUCGUGCAGUUCCCGCAGCGGUUCGACGACGUCGACCCGGAGGACAGGUACUGCAACCACAACCGCGUCUUCUUCGACGGCACCAUGCUCGCUCUCAACGGCCUCCAAGGCCCGUCGUACCUGGGCACCGGGUGCAUGUUCCGUCGCUCCGCACUCUACGGCGGAAAACCUCCGCGCCGGCGAAGAGCCGCCGGCAACCACGAUGGCAGCGGCAUCGCAGUCGAUGCUAGUGCUUUCGGCAACUCGACACCCUUCCUAGAAUCAAUACGGCUCGCCGUAGCCGGCGAACAAGAUCGUCGGCCUGCUGCUGCCGUGUGCACACUGGAUGAUGAGUCGAUCACCACCGAGCUGCUGAACGUCAUGGCGUGCGCGUACGAAGCUGGGACUAGCUGGGGCAGGGGCAUCGGGUGGGUCUACAACAUCGCAACCGAGGAUGUGGCCACCGGCUUCCGCGUGCACCGGCAGGGAUGGUUCUCCAGGCACUGCACCAUUGAGCCUGCCGCCUUCCGCGGCACCGCGCCGAUCAACCUCGCCGAGCGCCUCCUCCAGAUCAUGCGGUGGUCGGGCGGGUCCUUGGAGAUGUUCUUCUCCCACAACAACCCCCUCCUCGCCGGCGGCUGGCUGCACCCGCUGCAGCGCGUGGCGUACCUCAACAUGACCAUCUACCCCGUCACCUCCGUCUUCACCGUGGUCUACGGCCUGUGCCCGGUCAUGUGGCUCUUCCCCGAGGAGUUCUACAUCCAGAGGCCGUUCACGAGGUACGUCGUCUACCUCGUGCUGGUGAUCCUGAUGAUCCACGUCAUCGGAGCGUUCGAGAUAAAAUGGGCGGGGAUCACGUGGACGGACUGGUGGCGGAACGAGCAGUUCUUCAUGGUCGGCGCCACCAGCGCGUACCCGACUGCGGUGCUGUACAUAGUGAUCAAGCUCGUCACCGGGAAAGGGAUACGGUUCAGGAUCACCUCCAAGCAGGCGGUGGCGGCGGACGGCGACGGGGACAAGUUCGCCGACCUGUACGUCUUCCGGUGGGUGCCGCUGCUGAUCCCGACCACCGUGGUCUUCGCCGCCAACGUCGGGGCCAUCGGCGUCGCGCUGGGCAAGGUAAUCGUGUUCAAUGGAGUCUGGAGGUCGUAUCAGGUGAGGCACGAGGCGCUGGGCUUGCUGUUCAACGUGUGGAUCGUCGCCCUCCUCUACCCGUUUGCGCUGGCCGUGCUGGGACGGCGAGGGAAGAGACCCGCUGUCCUGUUGGUCCUGUUGCCGGUUGCCUUCCUAGCUGUGGCCCUCGUGUAUAUCAUUCUUCAUAGCCUGCUUAUGAAUUUCAUCCCGUUCUAG